AUGUCAAGUUGUGGACAGCACGCCUUGGGGAGUGGCUUCCUGCACUGGGGCUGCUUCCAGAUGAUCCACUUGACCAUCGUCCGCCACAUGGACCCCAAGACCACGUUUGCCAUCUGGUGCACAGCCCCCUCCAAGCUGCUGACCAAGAAGAGCCAGAGGCACCGCAUGGUGGGCGGCAAGGGCCCCAUCGACCGCUACGUGAUGGUGGUGAAGUGCAGGCAACUGGUAUUGGAGCUGGGCAGGCACUGCAAGUUUCAGGAGGUGAAGCCUUUCCUGCUGCAGGUGGCUGGGAAGCUGUCCUUCUGCACUGUCCCCAUCAUCAGGGACAGCCUGUGGGAGAUGAGGUGGCAGAAGGAGGUGAGGAGGCUCAACAACCAGAACCUUUGGACCUUUGUCCUGGGCAUGUGCCGCUACCUCAGCCCCUACGACCUGCACCUCAGGGGACAGUACUGGGGCAAGUUCUUCCUCGAGGACAGGGUCUGA